CGCGUCUCGACGGUGACUUCAUACAGCAGCGAAGGACGAGAACACGAUGAGUGAAUCAAUGGAAGUGGACCAGUUUCCAAAGACGAUUGCAAAGGGAAAGGUUAGAGCAGGCGAGAGUGAGGGCGACGACAAUUUGCCAUGGGUCGAGAAGUAUAGACCGAGCAGCUUAGAUGAUGUAGCGGGUCAUGAGAGCAUUAUAUCUACGAUCCGAACAUUCAUCUCCUCAAACAAGAUCCCGCAUCUCCUCUUCUACGGCCCUCCCGGCACCGGCAAAACCUCGACGAUCCUCGCCGUCGCGCGCGAGAUCUACGGCAAGAGCUUCAAAAACAUGGUGCUUGAGCUGAACGCCUCGGACGAGCGCGGAAUCGACGUCGUGCGUGAUCAGAUCAAGACCUUUGCGUCGACGCGACAGAUGUUUAGCAAUGGGUUCAAACUUGUGAUUUUGGAUGAGGCGGAUAUGAUGACGAAUGCUGCUCAGAAUGCCUUGCGACGAAUAAUGGAGAAGUUUACGACCCACACACGGUUCUGCAUCCUCGCAAACUACGUCCACAAACUAACCCCAGCCAUCCAAUCCCGCUGCACCCGCUUCCGCUUCUCACCCAUCCCCGAAUCCUCAAUUCGCAAACGCAUCACCCACGUCAUCGAGCAAGAGAACGUAAACAUCUCGAACGAGGCCUUCUCCGCCCUCCUCUCGCUCUCCAAAGGCGACAUGCGACGAGCGCUGAACGUCCUCCAAGCAUGCCAUGUCUCGCGAGAAGACGGCGAGAAGCAAGAAGUCCCGAUCUCAGAGGCGGAUAUAUACGAUUGUGUGGGAAAUCCGAAGCCUUCGGACAUCCGGCAGUUGAUGGACACGAUGAUGUCGCAAGAAUGGGGCGCCGCGCUGCGAUCCGUGCGAAAGAUUAAGGAGCUCAAUGGACUGGCGCUGGCGGAUAUGUUGCAGGGCGUGUUUGAGGAGUCGGAACAGAUCCAGUUCGCGCCGUCAGUCAGAGCCGAGAUGAUUUCGGGGUUGGCGGAUAUUGAGUAUAGAUUGUCGAGUGGAGGCUCGGAGACCCUGCAGACUAGCGCGUUGGUCGGGGUUGUGAAGAGCAGUAUUGAACUUCAAGGGUCGGUGGGAAAGUAAUUUACACAUGUAUAUUCAAUUUUAUAUUUCAGAAACAA